GGGAGCUUGAUUGUGGGCCUACAUAUGCAUUGCACAUUAUCGUCAUAAUUUCCAUACAAGUUAACUCACGGGCACUGCUACACAAACGUGGUCGUUGGCAUGUCCAAUACGAAUACCCCAAUCAUUAUUCUCCUUUUACUCCAAUUAUCAUCACCCCAAUUCUCUCGUUAAAAAAUUACUGUAAAUUACAAUUUGCAGCAUAAAACAAAAAAAAUAAUUCAAUUCCUAAAACUAGCCUACAACUAUACAAUUUAAACUUCUCAAUAAUACAAAAGUAUGGAGUAAUUAAUUCUAUAAAAACCCACUUCAAAACCCCCACUUUUCUGGGAAUUUUUUUUUAUAAAGAUUGUGUUUUUUUUUUUGGGUUGCAAAUUUAAAUUUACGCAGAAAAGUUGCUGCACCUAAUAGUCUUUUUAUACUUUGAUUUUGACUAGCGGUUUAAACUCUGGCCAUAUCUACUGUUUCAGGGGAUUUAUGUUUGAUUGGUUCAAUUAAUUUAUUUUUUUAGUUUAUUCAAUUGAAUUUUUCUGGUUGAAUUGGGUUUUAAUUAUAUUUAAGAUUUUGGGUUAAAUUCUUCAAUUUUUUGAUAUUUAAAUUUUUGGGUUUGCUUCUGAUUUUUGUGGGCAAUUUUGGGUAUUAGCUUGAGAAAUUGUGUAUGAUAUAAUUGAAAUGGAGAAUAAAGGGUGUUAUAAUCAGGCAAGUAAUUUAGAAGAAAGAUAUGAUAUUGGGGAAGAAAUUAGCAUUGUUGAGGAACAUGAAAUUCGAGUUGUUGCCGAUUCCGAGGCAGACAAUAAAGUCUUACAUAAUAAUGAUGAUGUGAAGAAAGAUCAUCAUGUGCAUUAUUUGAGGCAAUCUUCACUUCCAGAAAUUCAUUCCAAUCCUCCAAAAAGAGUGUUGGAUCACAGUAUUACAGCACCUUCAGGUGGUAUUGAAGCCCAUAAAAGUUUAUUGGUUGAUAAAAAAGACAUCAUAAUGAGCAAGUCUAAGAGUCAUCAGGAUAGCAGAAGACAUGAUAUGAGAUUGGAUAGACUAUCACAGCAUGAUAAGGAAAAGCUUAUUGCAAACUUAGUCAAAAUACAGAAUGAUGGAACUGUGGAGGUGGAUUUAUCUAGAAAUUCGUCUGUAACUUCUGAGCUUUUGGAGCUUCAUUCUGUUGAAAGUGCUUCUCUUCCUGCUGAUGAAAUUGUUCCUAAUCACAAUAAAUCUGUACCAAGAUUGCAAAUUGCCUUUCUUGUUGUUGGGACAAGAGGAGAUGUUCAACCUUUUCUAGCUAUGGCAAAGAGACUUCAGGAAUUUGGUCAUCGUGUUCGAUUGGCUACGCAUGCCAACUUUAGAGAUUUUGUCAAAUCUGCUGGUGUUGAAUUCUAUCCCUUAGGUGGUGAUCCUCGAGUUCUGGCAGGAUAUAUGGCAAGAAAUAAGGGGCUUAUUCCCUCUGCCCCAGGAGAAAUUUCAAUUCAACGGAAGCAAUUGAAGGCUAUUAUAGAAUCACUUCUUCCUGCAUGUACAGAACCAGAUACAGAGACUAGCAUGCCUUUUAGAGCUCAAGCAAUCAUUGCUAAUCCUCCUGCUUAUGGGCAUGUGCAUGCUGCAGAAGCUCUUGGUGUACCUCUACACAUAUUCUUCACAAUGCCAUGGACGCCAACGUAUGAGUUCCCACAUCCACUGGCUCGUGUACCACAAAGCUAUGGUAACUGGUUGUCAUACAUAAUUGUUGACUUGCUGAUAUGGUGGGGCAUAAGGAGCUAUAUCAAUGACUUCAGGAAAAGGAAGCUGAAACUUCCUCCUAUUGCAUACUUUAGCAUGUACCAUGGAUCUAUAUCUCAUUUGCCUACAGGAUACAUGUGGAGUCCUCAUGUUGUUCCAAAACCAAAAGAUUGGGGUCCCUUGGUUGAUGUUGUUGGUUAUUGUUUCUUAAAUCUUGGUUCUAAGUAUCAACCAAAGGGAGCAUUUGUUGAGUGGAUAAAGAAAGGGCAGAGACCCAUCUAUAUUGGAUUUGGGAGUAUGCCUCUUGAAGAUCCCAGCAAAACGACCAGUAUCAUAUUGGAAGCAUUAAAAGAUACUGGACAACGUGGAAUACUCGAUCGUGGCUGGGGAGACCUUGGUAUUUUUUCAGAAAUUCCGGAUCAUAUCUUCCUUCUCGAGAACUGCCCUCAUGAUUGGCUUUUUCCUCAAUGUUCUGCCGUGGUUCAUCAUGGUGGUGCUGGAACGACAGCCACUGGACUAAGAGCUGGUUGCCCAACAACUGUAGUACCAUUUUUUGGCGAUCAGUUCUUUUGGGGUGAUAGAAUUCAUCAGAAAGGUCUGGGACCUGAACCAAUUCCUAUUGCUCAGCUCAGCAUCGACGCUCUGUCAAGUGCUAUACGAUUUAUGCUCCAACCUGAGGUCAAAACACGGGUGAUGGAGCUUGCUAAGCUGAUAGAGAAUGAAGAUGGUGUUGCUGCUGCAGUUGAUGCAUUUCAUCGGCAUUUACCUCAUGAAAUGCCUGUACCUCCAGCAGCAGCAGAACCAGCAGAAGAUGAAUAUUUGAACCCAAUUCAGUGGUUGUUUUUGCAGAUCGGAAACUUUUGUUGCCGUGUUUGUUCAUAG